GUCAGUGUGGUAAAAAAAUAUAGGUACCUACCAAAUUGCGAUUCAACAUGUUUCAUAUAUAAUUUAAUUUGUAAUUGUUGCAAGUAUUUACGUGUUUAGCUGCGAUAACAUAAUAUUUUAUUUUAUUCUAUUUUGUUUUCAUUUGCAAUAAGCUCUGUUUUAAAGCGCGGUAAAAGUGCAUCUGUAACAUCAAUACUAUUUAAAUGUGAAAUAAAAGUAGGAAAAUCAAACAUACUUUUGUAAAGAGCAACAUGUACUCUAAAGUGAAUUAGUUUUAAUAUACUAAUAGGUUGCAACUAACAAGCACCUGAAUUUCAAAAGCUUAAUAAUGGAUGCCGAUCUGAAAAGAGCUUUCGCUGUAACAAAGCCUGUGUGCGAUAUGGUAAUGAUAGACCCAACGCCGGCCAAUAUUAAUGCUUUAAUGAAUUUAGCAUUGGAUUUGAAGGAAGAUACAUUAGAAAAAUUGCAGCUGUUCAUCCUGUUUCCUAUCAUCACUCAUCUUCAGUCCAAUGAGAUUACUGGUAAAUAUGAUCUACAAAUACUACUGAUAAAUGCAAUGAAGGAGGUAUUACAGAGGGUUAUACAUCUGCAAACAUAUGACUUAUUUAUCAGGAUACAGUUAAAUCUUGGUCAGAUUGCAUUUGAUACAAAAAAACCAGGCAUGAUUGGAGAUGUUCCAGAAGAGCUAAAACUCACAAUAAUGCAAACACAAACAGCCUUGAUGCUGAAUUUAGAACCUGCAUAUAGAGUGAAACAAAUUCACUUACAUUCACCCCUACUUGCCCAAGCUAUAUUUGCGUCUGUUCAUAUGGCUAAAAUGGAAAGGCACAGAGCUCUUAGGCUAGCAGCAUUAGAAAGCCUAAUGUCACUCACCUGUACUCAUCCACAGUUGACUGAUGCAAACUAUAUGAUCGCCAACCCUGUAGUUGAGAAGGCUGUAGUUCAUAUGUUAGCCUGUAUCCUACCUGGAGUGCUGUCGACAUUGCAAGAUGUGGCCAUGUGUACUGACAACCCUGGACAUGCCAUUGUUUUGAAUGCUCUGAAUAUCAUACACCGUAUUCUCUGCAUGACAAUGAACAAUAAACACUUAGUUACUAAAGAGAUCACGGCAGAGGACUUCAUGAGAGUGCUUUCAAUCAGUCAGUCAGAUAAAGCGAAUGUAAGCGGCAAGGUGAAAUCUGCCGAUAUACCAAAGCUGACCCGCGAAUGGUUUGACAUGGCCGGGGAGAAGUUGGAUGUCGUUGUGCGAAGUCUAAUCCGGUUGGUCAGUUACGAACAUUAUAAAGUAAGAAAGGAGUUGGCUGUGCUGUGCUAUAGGGUUGCAACCGAGUGUAGUAAUACUAUGCAGCCGUCCAUCGCAAUGUGUUUGGACACGUUGAUCUCCUUGUCGGCGGACCCGUACGUUGAAGUGAUGGAGUACGCGGCCAGGUGCUCCGCUGAAGUCGCGCGGAGCCCUACAGCGUUGAACCACUUCGAUACCAACUUGAGUAUAGUGCUGGGAGGGUUGCCGCGGGUGCUCAACAAUAUAGAUUCGAGACGCAAGCUGAGAUCACUCAACCUCUUGUAUGGCUAUAUCGAGUUGCUCAGCUCCGGUCGACCCUCGCGUCUCGCUGCACUGCUCAGCGGCGACGGACACCGCAGGCUGUGCGAGUGUCUGGUGACCGCAGCCGCUUUGAGUGACCACUGCCCCUACACUAAUACCACAGGUACUAUAUGAGCCUUGGCGUCUCAC